AUGCCAUCUUCACAUAGCAAGUCUGCUGUAAUUGGAGGCUAUAAAGGACUGCUACUUUGCUAUCCUGUUCUUGUUUUCUUGACUCUUGUAUUGCUGCUUCAAAUAGGGAUUUGGACUUGCCCAUCUUCUUCUUCUUCUUCUUUAAGAUUGAUGUUUAGUUCUUCUUCAUAUUCUUCACCUUCUUCAUUAAAUGAAUCCCCCACCAAUCUAAGCCAUUUGGUGUUUGGGCUUUUGGGGUCGGAGAAAGCGUGGCACCACCGGAAAGCCUAUAUAGAGUCGUGGUGGAGGCCGAACGCCACGGUAGGGUUCCUCCUGUUGGAUAAACCCCCCGGGGCGGAGCUCUUGCCCUGGCCUCCCAGCUCUCCUCCUUAUCGGGUGUCUGACAAUGUAAGUCGGGUAGUAGAAGAAACUAAUCAUGUGAAUCCACGUGUGGCCCGGAUGGUCCACGGGAUCAUGGAGACCGUCAGGGAUGCGCCUCAACGGGUUACAAGGACGCUUAGGUGGGUUGUCAUGGGGGACGACGACUCGAUUUUCUUGGUGGACAAUUUGGUGGAUCUUCUUGCUCAAUAUGACCACACUAACUACUACUAUCUUGGGGGGCAUUCUGAGUUCGUUCCGGCAAAUUAUUACUUCUCCUUCAAGCAGGCCUUUGGGGGAGCUGGAAUGGUGUUGAGCUUUCCUUUGGCCUUGGCCAUGGCGGAUGGCAUCAUGGAUUGCCUCAAGAGGUAUUCUCACCUCAAUAGUGCUGAUAAAACUACUGGCUAUUGCAUUGCUGAUCUUGGGGUUUAUCUGUCUCCUCACCAAGGUUUUCACCAGGUAUAUACAUGUAGAAAAAAUAUCUAG